GGGCAGUAAUGCACAGUGAAGUACACCAGCCUUAUCAGUAAAACACACUGGACUUAUCAGUGAAGUACACCGCUGUCUUCUUUGAGCCGUGGACAGACUAACGCCUUUGUACAUAGAAUGCAAUAGUAUGUAGGCUGCGGUUAUGACUACCACGGCGACGUGUUGAGGAUUCCAGCAACGAAGUGCUUGGUGUCUUUCGCGCUGCUAUAAAACUCAGUUUAGGACAUCUCCCACCAGCAUAAUACGACUGUAGACUGAAACCCUACAUAGAAACACAAGACGUGGAAGGUGUAUAUGCCUACAUUUGUUCACCGUGUGAUUAUUCUAUUAAUAGUGCAUAGGCUGUGCCGCCGUGCGGUGUUGCUUAGCAACGAACGAACAACAUGACCUCGGCGGACCUGUCCGCGAAACUGUCGGCUCUUUGUAGUACGCAACUGCCGGAGGGUAUACAUGCCGAGACCGGACAGAUUCUCGGAUAUGCAACUGAAUGUUUGGCACGUGGCCAUACAGUUACCGGUGAAAACACCGCAUUAUUUCCAUUCCGGUUGUUUCUCAAUGCUCUCCAUGCUGUGGUUGGAAAGGGAAAGG